AUGAAUCCAACUUUUCACGGCAAUUUCCAUCACCUGGAAGGCCUUCUAGUAAAGGAGGUUUCAAAACAAGAGCAACAAUUUGCUGAUCACUGUCACUCUAAAAUACUAGAUUUCUCCAACAAAGAGACACAGGAGUACCUGAGCAUUUUGCUGCGCAAGUUUCAUUAUGAACAACAGCUGGACAACACUCACCUGAACGGCUUCUCCUUUGACAACUCAGCAACGCAGUUUUUUGCCGAUGAAAUGGUGCAAAACAGCCCUCAGCUGUACACUAAGCUGUACAUUGAGACAGUGGCAAAUGCAAGUCAAGUGGUACUUACCGAUGUGGGUUUCAGAACGCAGCACCUUCCUGCCGUAGUUCAACUUAAUCCAAACGGUGGAAAAGAAGGCUUUGUCGGGUGGACAUCUUUUGGUCGUCUGGUGGCGAAUGCACUUUCUGUCUCAUUGGGGGGAUACUCCUUCUUUUCAGGCGGUGUCAUUGAGGCAGCAACUGUGACAACAGCCUCUGGAACAUCAGUAGACGAGGAGCUGUACAUUCGCCUCCUCCAGGCGACCACCUUCAUGCCGGUGAUGAGCAUCAGUGAGCAGCCAGCUCCUUGGCGCCUUAGCCAGAAAACGCAGGAGAUUGUGAAAAAGUACGUCGACCUGCACUCGCAGCACUCUUCGCUGAUCGUCCAACUGGCCAGGGAGCGUCUGCAGAAGGGUGGCAGGCCAAUCAUCCGCCCGCUCUGGUACGAAUUUCCCGAGGACCUGAAGGCGUACAGCAUCGGCGACCAGUUCAUGCUCGGCUCGUCCAUCAUUGUGGCGCCAGUACUUGAAAAGGGCAAAAGGGAGCGGACAGUGUACCUGCCAGCUGGACAGUGGGUCGAUCAGCAUGGCAGGCUGUACCCGGGCGCCAAGGAGAUUAAAGUGGCCGCUGAGCUGGAAGAGCUGCCGUACUUUACCAAAAAGACAACAGUGUGA